GAACGCAACAGUGCCAUUGGCUGACGUUAGCUUUUCUCAGUCAGGGCUGCUAUGAGUUUAGAGAACUUCAGAGCUGGGAAUGCAGCCGCCGCUCCCUCCUGAGGUCGUCCGAGAGCUGGUGUGCUCCUGCCUGCACAGAGAUCCUGUGGCAGCCGAUCUUCGCUGCAGCCUGUUUGUUGCUGCUGCUCAGAACUACAAGAAGGACUCUUUGCUUCGCCCUUUCCCUCCCCGAUAUUUACAUGAGGGCAAUAAAGACUUUGAUGCACUGUUGGCAGAUGUGAAUUCCUUCCCCGGGGUGAGAGCGAUCGUACGACUGCGGCCAGGCGAGGGAGAGCACCAUGUGGCCCUUGCACACUGGAUCCUCUCUUCCAAGAGCUUUGCUGUCAAGACACUACAGAAGGACGAGUACGCCAAACUCUGUGCCAUAACGCAAGACCCCAGCGUUUCUGCUCCUGCGCCAGACUUCCUGUUCGAGCUGGAGUACUGUGACCAAUUGAAUGCGCGCUUUGAACGGAUGAGAGAGGACAGAGAUGUCUUCUACGCCUUCCACGGGAGUCGCCUGGAGAACUUCCACUCUAUCGUUCACAACGGCCUGCACUGUCACCUCAACAAGAACUCGGUGUUCGGAGAGGGGACGUACCUCACCAGCGACCUCAGCAUGGCUGUCCUCUACAGUCCCCACGGCAGCGGCUGGCAGGAAAGCCUCCUGGGCCCGCUGCUCAGCUGCAUCGCCUUGUGCGAAGUCAUCGAUCACCCGGACGUCAAGUGUCAGGUGAAGAAGAGAGACUCUGAAAUGAUUGACCGUCAGCGCUCGAGGACCAAAAACAGCCAGGGAGGAGAUGUGCCGGAGAAGUACUUUGUGGUCACAAACAAUCAGCUUUUACGUGUCAAGUACUUGCUGGUUUACUCGCAAAGGAGACACAUGUCUAGACAUUCCCGCAACACCUCGUGGUUCCUCAGGCACCACUUUGCCGUCAUGAUGAGUCUCUACCUUCUGCUGCUCAUAUUUAUCGGCGCGUUCAAUUCGAACACCUUCAUAUCCUUUUGGAACAGACGCUUCAGCUGACCGACCGCAUGAAUCACAGACUCGCUCUUCAUCCACUGUGCCUUCCUGAUGGGACUCUGACCGGGGGGCCUCAGUACCAUUGACUGCAAUUUUUGUUACCGUUUUCCCUCCACACAAGCAUUCUCUUCUUAUGCAGAAAAAGAAAAUUAUUAGACUAUUUGCAACUGCGCAGCAUAGAAAAUAAGUGAGUUUUUUGUUCAUAAUGGAAUUGAAAACUGAGACCUUGUAGCAUCUUUUUCUUUAAAAAACUUUUUUUCCCCUCAAUACAGUAAUCCCUCUGCCAUGAAGCAGGUUGUCACGAGGUCAAAUUAAGGGUGAGCGAGCACCAUUUAUUAUAUUAUUGUUUUAUUAUACACAUACACUUGUACGACAGUUUAAAAUGUUUAAAAUGCUACUUAAAACAUAGCUUGUGCAUUUUCUAAAGAUUUUACGAUGGUGAAAGUUUGACCAUGGAACACGAGCGCAAGCCAUUAUUUCCUACGGGAAAAUGUGUUUCGAAAUCAGAACAAAUCACAGGAUGGUGUUCGCCCUCAGAGGUUCCACUGUAAAAAAAAAAAAAAGUAGAGAAGUACUCACACUUUUUAGCACAAGUAUUGAUAAUCUAUAUGGCAAAAGUACUGAUUCGACUCCUUAAAUAAAAGUUAAAAAGAAAACGUAAAGACUGAAAUGUUAGGCAAUUAUAUAACUACACUGUAGUUUUGAUUCCUAGCUAGCUUUGGCUAAGGCUUUUAUGCUAUCCAAACAGCAUGUUGUCACAGAAAACAAAUGCUAAAUUAGCUAAUGACAAUUGAACUAAUACACCAUAUCUGUUUAGACCUAGAUUUGUUUAACGCCAGAAGCUCGUGGUUUUUAAGCUUCGUAGAAUCAUUUCUGGAGCCAACAAUUGUCUGAAAUACGGUCAUGGAUGGAGAAUAUCUUGCUUCUCCAAAUCCGUUGCGUCAACGCAGUUCAUGCUCCCUGGUUCGUGUUACUUCAUGUCACUGUUAUCCCAGUUAUUUUCUGCCUUAAAAAUCCCCAAGAUGGUCAAUCACAAAAUUAAGGUUGACUUAAUGUGUGUUUGUCUUUUUGGUUUCAUCUGCAGUUUACAAUUGAAAAAUGUACUUAGGUACAGUAUAACAAAGUAUUUGUAGUGUGUUAAUUCCGGCCACUCCUAAGAAAUGUGCAAAUAGUAAGAUGUUAGGCAUAUCCUACUAAAAGGGGAGUAGCAGAAUGCUAAAUGUUGGCUACAAGCUCGCACAGACUCAAAUAGCGCUCGCUGCCUGCAAACCUCAUUUGAAUCAUUUUCACAGUUUGUUUUAUUACACUGUAGCUUUUGUAUUUUACUGUCGUACAAGGACUGUGAUGAUUGUAACAAAUUGUUGGCGAAUGCAGGAGAGGCUUUUGCCUAAGCGUAAAGUAAGUCGGCUUCUAAGGACGCCUCUUUGAAUUAUGUCGUCAUUUUUUGUACUACUUCCAGCAAUACACUAUUGUAAUCCAGUCCUGUAUUACACCAGGAAUUCUAUAUACUGUCAUGAAAAUAAAAUGUAUUCAGCUCUGCUCUGCUA